GCACUCGCCAAUGAAGAAAGUUUGUCCCUCUUUUGACGCCAUAGAAUUACCGCGGUUGCCAUGGCAAUAAAGACGUUUUUCUUUUGGCGUUCUGGGUAAAUGCGCUGGCCUCGGCUCUCCUGUUGCUGACACGGGUACGAGCGAGGAUAUUAAAAUGUUCUGACUGAAGAAUGUCUUCAUCAUCUAGAGGUGGGAUUAGGUCUGCCUCCCAAAGAACCAAAGCUACACCCCCUCCUUCUAUUCCAAGCUCUACAAAUAGAGCUAGUUCAAGCCAUCCAAGACCAAGCGACAAGCUAAAUCCUAAAACAAUAGACCCCUUUGCAGAACCUCGACGAUCUCCGUCUGCCUUUUCUGCGGUGUAUUCUAGAGGGGGGAUACCGUGCAGGCUGGUUCAUGGCUCGGUAAAACACAACUUGCAAUGGGAACGUCUUCCGGAAACUAUUCCAUUCGAUCCUUUGCUCAUCACCUUGGCUGAGGGGCUUAAAGAAACGAGGCAUCCCUACACUUUUGUUUCUCAAGAAGGAUUUAAGGAGUUACUAAUGGUUCCCGGAGCUAAAGAAAAAGUCCUACCAAUUUUACCGAAAGUGACAGCUGCGCUUAAAGGUGCAUUGGUUCAUUCGGAUGGCAGUGUGUUUGAAAGAGGUUUGAAUGCGUUGGUACAGUUAAGCUCAGUUGUUGGACCAUCACUAAAUAUUCACCUGAAGCAACUUCUUACCAGCAUUUCUAAAAGGUUAAUGGAAAAAACCUAUAAAGAACAGAUCACUGCUGCACUGCAGGAAAUGGAACAAUAUGGAGGAAAGGAAAGCCUUGGAAUAAUAAAAUCAAAAAUUCCAACAUACUGUUCCACCUGUAACUGAAGAGGCAAUGAAUACUACAACAUUUGGACAUGAGGAAAUAAUACUUUGGACCAAUCCGUUGAAUUGUGUUGAAAUGCGGUCAUCGCUAAACGCUGCCAAUGACAAAGUGCUCCAUCAUCAGUAGCUGUAAUUAUGUUUGGGAGUGACCUUCAUAUUAUUUUAAUUUAAUGCUAAAAACUGUAAGAAUAAAAUCUAAUAUGUUUAAUACCA